CACGGCUGCAAGCGUUUGGACCACAGUACAACAGUGAAACUAAUAAAGUAGCAAAAUGGGUCCAAAGAAGAAAGGUAAAGGAAAUAAACUGUCUCGUAUGAGUGAAGAAGAGAGAGCUCGAUAUCUACAGCAUAGAGCUGCAAUUGAGGAAGAAGCCAGGAGGCGGAAACAACAACUUAUUGCCACAUUUAUGAAGAACAAGCUUAAGCAUGAGGAAGCAUUCACACGACUUAAUAUGGCAAAAAUUAACCAAGAGUGGCGUCAGAUAUUGCGUAACAUAAAAACCAAGGAGCUGAAGCAGAAUUUGACUGCCCUUUGGGAAUCUUUUCAACAUGUCACCAGCUACAAGACACAAGUUAUGGAAAAUCUUUUAAAAGAUAUGGAAGAUGCAGCUAACCAGUAUAAUAGAAUAUUACAAUGCCAUACAGAAGCAACAGACAGAUUGCUCCAGAUUCAUGAAGCACGGCUAUCUCAUUUGCAUAACAUUUAUUUGGAGGAACGUAAGUCACUGCUACAAGCAGCAGAAAAAGAGAGGUGUAAAAUUCAAGAAACAGCUAAUGCUGAAGAAGAAUAUUUACGUGUUCUUCUUUAUGGAUUACAAGCUUCAAUGGAUAAAUUCAGUAAAGAGGGGAUAGCUAACCAGAUGGCAAAAGUUGAUGAACGCAGGAAUAAUCUGCUGAGUGAAGUUGAACAAAUGCAGGAUGAAAAGCGCUCUGUGAUUGAGAAUAUAUGGAGAGACUUUCAACAAGUUCUCAGAAAUUAUUUUUCAGAAACUGAAAACAGACGUUCACAUUAUCAUAUGCUGAAAUCCCAAGACAGUGAAAGUGCUAAAACAAUUAAUGAUUGCAACAUGAAGAUUAAUUUGCUGACAGAACAAGUUGCUGCAUUGAAACUUCAGCUGACUACAUUAAAAAGUGAACAAAAUAAGAAAAAGACUGAUCUAAUAGAAGAGCAAGAACAUUGGCAGAAAUCUUUUUGGGAUAUGAGAGUUAAAUUAAGUAACGAAAAAAAGCUAGAUGAAAAACAAAUGUUGCUCAUGGUUACUUGCAGUAACAACACCAUCAAUAAAGCAAUUGUACAGCUCACAUCUAACUUACUGCCUAUUUACUUCCAGGAACUAAAUGUAAUCAUCAAAAAAGCAGAACAGAUCUUCCAUUUGUUUGGAAUCUGUAGUAAAUAUGAGACUGAAAGAGAGAAAGUUAUUCCCUUUGGGUGUGAUUUCUUACCACCUAGUGAAGGUGAUGAUCUCAAGACACUGGAGAAUCAAGAUAUCAGUGAUCCAUUACUAGAGGAGAUAUUUACAUACCAGAAGCUUGAAAACUUUUGGAGGAAGUACAAUCAUGUUUUCCUUGAAUCUGCUGCUCUGAAGCUACAUCAUGAAGCCUUGACGAUUGAGAAUCAACAGCUUAAAACAACAUUACGCCAUUAUUUGUCAGUAAUGUCCAGGGGGAAUGAUCCUGAAAAUGUGAAAAUACGUUUAAUGGGGGCACGUCCAAGUACAACACGUGCUAUAAGAAAGCACAUUACACUGAUGAAAGGAUAUGACAAAAUCUCUUCUAAAAGACGGCCUGUAACUUGCAUAGAAGCUAAUGGAAGUAUAGCAGUGAAACAUAUGUUGCGAUCAAAAUUUGUGUAAUAUUUGUAAUUUUGUGCUAGUAUUAACAUUGCCUUUUUUAUAUUAUAGAGUGUAAACAGAAGAAAUAGUGACAACUUCGUGUUGUGGUGACUUACACGAAGCUUCUUUCAUAUUGCAGUGUUGCUCCGAUGUCAGUAUCCUAAAUGCCAGACACUUUAGUUUGCUUUUUGUAGCGCCUUUUCUUUAGUUUCUCUUAUAACUCAUAUGAAAAAACUUUUCUUUGCGAAACCUGAAGAUUUUGUAACCUUUUUGUAUUGCUAUUGUCCAAUUCUACGAUUUUGUUUUGCUAUUAUAGUUAGAUAGUUAGUGGCUUU